GGGCGGGCGGCGUCGGGGUCGCGGCGCCUGCAGCUGCUCGGGGGCGGUUUCUCGGCGGAGGCGCGGCCGGCUCCUCUCUCCCGGCUCCGCGGCGGCUGCUAAGGCAGCGGCUUCUGCCCUCUCGCGUCUCCGGCUGCAGAAAGAAGCUUCCGGUUCUGAGGUCCCGGAGGUGCCACUUCCCUCUCGGUUGAAGCAAAGACGGGGGCAGACCUCCUAGUAGGUGAAAGGAAAGCAAGCCAAGAUGGAUAUUUAUGACACUCAAACCUUGGGGGUUGUGGUCUUUGGCGGAUUCAUGGUUGUUUCUGCCAUUGGCAUCUUCCUGGUGUCGACCUUCUCCAUGAAGGAAACGUCAUAUGAAGAAGCCCUAGCCAACCAGCGCAAGGAGAUGGCAAAAACUAACCACCAGAAAGUAGAGAAGAAAAAGAAGGAGAAAACAGUGGAGAAGAAAGGAAAGACCAAGAAAAAGGAAGAGAAACCUAAUGGGAAGAUACCUGAUCACGAUCUGGCCCCCAACGUGACUGUCCUCCUCCGAGAACCAGUGCGGGCUCCUGCUGUGGCUGUGGCUCCAACCCCAGUCCAGCCCCCCAUUACUGUUGCUCCUGUCGCCACGGUUCCAGCCAUGCCCCAGGAGAAGCUGGCCUCCUCCCCCAAGGACAAAAAGAAGAAGGAGAAAAAAGUGGCAAAAGUAGAACCAGCUGUCAGUUCUGUAGUGAAUUCCAUCCAGGUUCUUGCUUCAAAGACUGCCAUCUUGGAAACUGCACCCAAGGAGGUGCCGAUGGUGGUGGUGCCCCCAGUGGGCGCCAGGGGCAACACACCAGCCACUGGCACUGCUCAGGGCAAAAAGGGGGAAGGGGCUCAGAACCAAAGCAAAAAGGCGGAAGGAGCCCCAAACCAGGGCAGAAAGGCAGAAGGAACCCCAAACCAAGGGAAAAAGGCAGAGGGAACCCCAAACCAGGGCAAGAAGGCAGAAGGAACCCCAAACCAAGGCAAAAAGGCAGAGGGGGCCCAGAAUCAGGGUAAAAAGGUAGAUAUGACCCCAAACCAGGGGAAAAAGGCGGAGGGGUCCCCAACCCAGGGCAAGAAGGCAGAGGGGGCUCAGAACCAGGGCAAAAGGGCAGAGGGGGCCCAGAAUCAGGGCAGAAAGGCUGAGGGGGCCCAGAACCAGGGUAAGAAGGCCGAGAGUGCCCAGAAUCAGGGCAAAAAGGCAGAGGGAGCCCAGAACCAGGGCAAAAAGGCUGAGGGGGCCCAGAACCAGGGCAAGAAAGCAGAAGGGGCCCAGAACCAGGGCAAGAAGGCAGAGGGGGCCCAGAACCAGGGCAAAAAAGCAGAGGGGGCCCAGAAUCAGAGCAAAAAGGCAGAGGGAGCCCAGAACCAGGGCAAAAAAGCAGAGGGGGCCCAGAAUCAGGGCAAGAAGGCUGAGGGUGCCCAGAAUCAGGGCAAGAAGGCUGAGGGGAGCCAGAACCAGGGCAAAAAGACUGAGGAGGCCCAGAACCAGGGCAAGAAAGCAGAGGGGGCCCAGAACCAGGGCAAGAAGAACGAGGGGGCCCAGAACCAGGGCAAGAAGAAUGAGGGGGCCCAGAACCAGGGCAAGAAGAACGAGGGGGCCCAGAACCAGGGCAAGAAAGCAGAGGGGGCUCAGAACCAGGGCAAGAAGAACGAGGGGGCCCAGAACCAGGGCAAGAAAGCAGAGGGGGCCCAGAACCAGGGCAAAAAGACUGAGGGGGCCCAGAACCAGGGCAAGAAAGCAGAAGGGGCCCAGAAUCAGGGCAAAAAGGCUGAGGGGGCCCAGAACCAGGGCAAAAAAGCAGAGGGGGCUCAGAACCAGGGCAAAAAAGUAGAAGGGGCCCAGAACCAGGGCAAGAAGGCCGAGGGGGCCCAGAACCAGGGCAAGAAGGCCGAGGGGGGCCAGAACCAGGGCAAGAAGGCCGACGGGGGCCAGAACCAGGGCAAGAAGGCCGAGGGGGGCCAGAACCAGGGCAAGAAGGCCGAGGGGGGCCAGAACCAGGGCAAGAAGGCCGAGGGGGGCCAGAACCAGGGCAAGAAGGCCGAGGGGGGUCAGAACCAGGGCAAGAAGGUUGAGGGGGCCCAGAACCAGGGUAAGAAGGCAGAGGGCACCCAGAACCAGGGUAAGAAGGCAGAGGGGGCCCAGAACCAGGGCCAAAAAGGAGAGGGAGGCCAGAAUCAGGGUAAAAAGACAGAAGGGGCUCAGGGCAAAAAGGCAGAGGGGAGUCCCAACCAGGGCAAAAAGGCAGAUUCGGUUGCUAAUCAGGGCAAAAAGGCAGAGGGAAAAAAAGCAGAAGGGUCCCCUAGUCAAGGCAAAAAGGCAGAAGGGUCCCCCAAUCAGGGCAAAAAGGCAGAUGCAGCUGCCAGUCAGGGUAAAACGACAGAGGCAGCUCCUGUCCAGGGCAGAAAUGCAGAUGUGGCUCAGAGUCCAGAGGCACCAAAGCAAGAGGCUCCUGCCAAGAAGAAGUCUGGUUCGAAGAAAAAAGGGCCCCCAGAUGCCGACGGCCCUCUCUACCUCCCCUACAAGACGCUGGUCUCCACAGUUGGGAGCAUGGUGUUCAACGAGGGCGAGGCCCAGCGGCUCAUCGAGAUCCUGUCUGAGAAGGCUGGCAUCAUUCAGGACACCUGGCACAAGGCCACUCAGAAGGGUGACCCUGUGGCGAUUCUGAAACGCCAGCUGGAAGAGAAGGAAAAGCUGCUGGCCACAGAGCAGGAAGACGCGGCAGUCGCCAAGAGCAAACUGAGAGAGCUCAACAAGGAGAUGGCAGCGGAAAAGGCCAAAGCGGCAGCUGGGGAGGCCAAGGUGAAAAAGCAGCUGGUGGCCCGGGAGCAGGAGAUCACGGCCGUGCAGGCGCGGAUGCAGGCCAGCUACCGGGAGCACGUGAAGGAGGUGCAGCAGCUGCAGGGCAAGAUCCGGACUCUUCAGGAGCAGCUGGAGAAUGGCCCCAACACGCAGCUGGCCCGCCUGCAGCAGGAGAACUCCAUCCUUCGGGAUGCCUUGAACCAGGCCACGAGCCAGGUGGAGAGCAAGCAGAACGCGGAGCUGGCCAAGCUCCGGCAGGAGCUCAGCAAGGCCAGCAAAGAGCUGGCGGAGAAGUCGGAGGCUGCACGGCAAGAUGAGCAGCAGCGGAAAGCUCUGGAAGCCAAGGCAGCUGCCAUCGAAAAGCAGGUCCUGCAGCUGCAGGCAUCCCACAGGGAGAGCGAGGAGGCCCUGCAGAAGCGCCUGGACGAGGUCAGCUGGGAGCUGUGCCGCGCGCAGGACAGCCAUGCCAGCCUCCGGGCGGACGCUGAGAAGGCCCAGGAGCAGCAGCAGCAGAUGGCCGAGCUGCACAGCAAGUUACAGUCCUCCGAGGCGGAGGUGCGCAGCAAAUGCGAGGAGCUGAAUGGCCUCCACGGGCAGCUCCAGGAGGCCAGGACGGAGAACUCCCAGCUCACAGAGAGAAUUCGGUCCAUCGAGGCCCUGCUGGAGGCGGGCCAGACGCGGGACGCCCAGGACACCCAGGCCAGCCAGGUGGAGACUGACCAGCAGCAGACCCGCCUGAAGGAGCUGGAGUCCCAGGUGUCGGGUCUGGAGAAGGAGGCCAUUGAGCUCAGGGAGGCUGUCGAGCAGCAGAAAGUGAAGAACAAUGACCUCCGGGAGAAGAACUGGAAGGCCAUGGAGGCGCUGGCGACGGCCGAGCAGGCCUGCAAGGAGAAGCUGCACUCCCUGACCCAGGCCAAGGAGGAAUCAGAGAAGCAGCUCCGCCUGACUGAGGUGCAGACCAGGGAGGCCCUGCUGGCUCUGCUUCCAGAACUCUCCAUCUUGGCACAACAGAAUUACACCGAGUGGCUGCAGGAGCUCAAAGAGAAAGGCCCCACGCUGCUGAAGCAGCCGCCAGCUCCCAUGGAGCCCUCCUCAGACCUGGCCUCCAAGUUGAGGGAGGCUGAGGAGACGCAGAGCACGCUACAGGCUGAGUGUGACCAGUAUCGCAGCAUCCUGGCGGAGACGGAGGGCAUGCUCAGAGACCUGCAGAAGAGUGUGGAGGAGGAGGAGCAGGUGUGGAGGGCCAAGGUGGGCGCCGCGGAGGAGGAGCUCCAGAAGUCACGGGCCACAGUGAAACAUCUCGAAGAGAUCAUAGAGAAGCUAAAAGGAGAACUUGAAAGUUCAGACCAGGUGAGGGAGCACACCUCGCAUUUGGAGGCGGAGCUGGAAAAGCACAUGGCAGCUGCCAGUGCUGAGUGCCAGAACUACGCCAAGGAGGUGGCGGGGUUGAGGCAGCUUCUCCUGGAGUCUCAAUCUCAGCUGGAUGCAGCCAAGAGUGAAGCCCAGAAACAGAGCGAUGAGCUUGCCCUGGUCAGGCAGCAGUUGAGUGAAAUGAAGAGCCAUGUAGAGGAUGGUGACAUAGCUGGGGCACCAGCUUCCUCCCCGGAGGCAUCCCCAGCCGAGCAGGACACCGUUCAGGUUAGGGUGCUGAAGAUGCAGCUGGAGCGGACAGAAGCCAUCCUGGAGGAUGAGCAGACACAGCGACAGAAGCUCACAGCCGAGUUUGAGGAGGCUCAGACCUCAGCAUGUCGGUUACAAGAAGAGUUGGAGAAGCUCCGCACAGCCGGCCCCCUGGAAUCUUCAGAAACAGAGGAGGCCUCACAGCAUCAGGAGAGACUAGAAAAAGAGAAAAAGUUAACUAGUGACCUGGGGCGUGCCGCCGCCAAACUGCAGGAGCUUCUGAAGAUGACCCAGGAGCAGCUGGCAAGAGAGAAGGACACCGUGAAGACGCUGCAGGAACAGCUGGAAAAGACAGAGGGCGGCAGCAGCUCAAAGGAGGGCACCUCUGUCUGAGUCUCCUCUGUGGAAAAAGAAGUUACUGUUCAACUUACCAAAAUGCCUUACACAUUCCUUACACAUCGACCAACAACCUACAGCGUCAUCCAGGCCCAACUUCCGGUAGCUCCGCGAGAAGCCAUUAGAGACGAGAGUCUCUUAGAACCACAGAAGUAGACCUUCCAGAGCCCCAGUUUGUAAACGAACCUGUGUCACAUUUGAUAAACACUAUCCCGGGCAUGGCCCCGGGCCACCGCUGAGUGACGCCAAAGCCCUCGCUGACUCUGACAGCCCGGGGGUGUGUGGGAGGCCGGGCGCUCUGGGGUCUGUUAGUGCAAUUGUUUUGUCUGUUUUCAGUGGGGCGGGAGGCAGGGAGACUGGGCAGUGAGUUCUCGAAGGCUGUGGGGCCGACCGGAGGCCGCAGCCCCUCACCCCUAGACAUUGCCAACCAGAACUGAUGUGCAGCCUCCUGGGUGUUGAUGCCAUUAAAACCAACGUUGGUGCCCGGUG